UGUAGUCGAGUGUUGUGUGCAGUCAGAUAAACUCAAAUUUAAUAAAAAAGACAAAAUGAAAUUUGUUAUCGUUUUUGCUUGCCUGUUCGCCAUUGUGUUGGCCAACGAAGAAGCUAAUGUUUUGAAGAACGAACAGGAAGUCAAUCCCGACAGCUUCUUCUACACUCUUGAGCUCGACAAUCACAUUAGAGCCGAACAAAAGGGUUCACUGGAGGGCAAGGAAGCAUGGAUUGUCACUGGUGAAUAUGAACAUCUGACGCCCGAAGGCAAAACUGUCAAAGUAACUUACAAGGCCGAUGAAACCGGCUACCAUCCACAUGUUGCCACCGUGCAGUAAGGAAUAACAAAAAGUGUGAAAAUAACUUUGAAUUAACAAAAAGGAACAAAUAAAAGACGCGUUUUUGAAUAAAAAAAAAAUUAAAUUAAAUAUUUCUAAACUUCUAUAUGACAUA